AUGGACAAGUCCCAACUUUAUCAAAGCCUCGAUCUUUUGAAAAAGGAGAUACGGCUCCUUGAAGUUCUCCCAGGCCCAAGUGACACGGCACUCCACGGCCGCCUCUUGCACACGUCUCUACAAGACCCUGUACCAUAUGAGACCAUCUCGUACUGCUGGGGCGACGCCAGCGUUCGCGGAACACUCAUGAUUGAUGAAUUCGAGUUCGAUGCACCUCUUAGUUCCUUGACCGUUCUCAAGUGCAUGAGGAGACCCGAUGCACCUCGGCGACUCUGGGUUGACGCAAUAUGCAUCAACCAGGACGACAUUGACGAAAGGGGAUCUCAGGUGGCUCUCAUGUCGCAAAUCUAUCGCCAGGCGCGCACAAAUCUCGUCUACCUCGGCGAAGAAGAUGAAAUGACGAGACGCGGGCUCAAGUGCAUUCGCGAGCUUCUUCAAGAAAUCAGCGACAAGACGAUUGGAUUCUCCAGGUUCCACAGACUGAUGCGAAGCUUUCAAUCUGAUCUUCGACGCGAUUCCAACUUGACCAUGAAUUGUACUCUCGAUGAAGCUGGUGUUUUGUCACUGUUUGACCGACCGUGGUUUGAACGAUUAUGGGUUGUUCAAGAAGCGGUUUUGGCGCCGACUAGCAUUUGCUUUUACGGCCCCAGUCUCACCGUGGGCCUGGUUGAGUUAUUGCGGGCCGCCCGUUGGAUCACCUAUAACCGGGCUUCCAUCUCCCGCGAGAUGCACGACAAUGAAAACCUUAACAAUGCCGUGGACCUGUGGUCGCUUGUCGACAACAAGAGCACGGCAGGGUCAGGUACAAGUAUCGAGCCGCCCAACGAUCCCGAUCUCAGUGCCCUCCUGCUGCUUGCACGCCACAGGCUAUCCACCGAGGCCAAGGACAAGGUCUUUGGCGUCCUCGGACUCUUGUCGCAACAAACUGACGCAUCAGAAGAUGGGCCAGAUACUUCUCUACUAGAGACCGAUUACAAAAAAUCUCAAGGACGAGUCUUUUGUGAUGCCAUUCGUUACGCCAUUCAGGAAUUGAACAGUCUUCGGAUACUCGAGUAUGUCAAUCACGCCAUUGAGCCCAAUGUCUCGAGCCUUGGAGACUUUGCAUCCUGGGUUCCACGGUUUGACCUGCCGAUCAAUGAAGAAGUCGAAGCAGAAGUACUCCCGCCCAUAUUUGCCGCUGACAAUGAUGAUGGCGUGAAUCGGGAAGACAUGGAGAUAGACCUUGCUCGGCCAACCAUGUUGAGCCUCAUGGGCUAUUGGAUCAGUACAAUCGCGGAAACAAGCGAUGUAUUUUCGUCCGAGAUCAUGAAAGACACUUCCAAGUUGGUAGCACUACUUCAAAAGCUACCCGUCAUGGUCAGGGGUGCCCAUGCAGCCGAUUUGCGAAUGUGGGGAGGAGAUAACACGGGCAUCGAAAAUGGCUUUUCCCUGAUGCUGGCGGCGACGCUGAUGGGCGGUAAUUGGAAUAACCAGCCAGUCGAAGACGACGACGUUGAAGCAUUUCGCACUUUCCUCGAAGCUCUCAUGGCGGGCUCCUGGACCUACGAUCCGAACGAUCCGCAAUGGCAAUGUUUGGAGAGCGCAUGCCGAAAUCGCCGCUUCUUUGUCGGAAAAGAUCUAGGCUUCAUUGGCUUGGGUCCAAGCUGCAUGCGGCCAGGAGAUGUUGUGUCUAUCCUCUAUGGAGGAUCUGUACCUUUCAUAUUGAGAAAUAUUACAGAAGACAUGGACGCCAUACCGGAUUAUCUCAUGCUUGGCGCUGCCUAUGUCUAUGGGGUCAUGGAUGGGGGCUAUGUGAGAUCAGCAGAAGAGCUAGAGGCAGAGAUCAUUUCUUUUAAUACUGUCUAA